AUGGUGGAAAUAGCUGUUUCUAUACAGGAGACAUUGGACAGUCAGCGUUAUAGCCUGUUGAAAAGCGCAGAAGUUUUUUUCAAGAAAUCAUGCUUCUCAAAUCUUUUAAUUCUAAUAACGCUUGAAGUAAAUUAUAUAAUUACGUAUUCAAAUUUGGCCAUAUCUAUCUAUCUAUCUAUCUAUCUAUCUAUCUGUCUAUUCGAAAAUGUUGUAAAUGAGCCCAAUUAUUAUAUCUAUCUAUCUAUCUAUCUAUCUAUCUAUCUCACCCCAUUCAAAUUCAUCUACCACAUUGCCUUCAUAUCUAUCUCGCCAAUUCAUACCCAUUUGCCUCAUUGUUUUCAUAUCUAUCUAUCUAUCUAUCUAUCUAUCUAUCUAUCUAUCUAUCUAUCUCAGUCUGUUCAUACCUAUCUAUCUAUAUCAGCCAAUUCAUAUCCCUCUGCUUCAUUGCAUUCAUAUCUAUCUUUCCAUCUAUCUAUCUCAGUCUAUAUUUCAUUCUGUUCAUAUCUCUCUUACUAUCUAUCUAUUUAUCUAUCUCGGUGUGUUCAUAUCUACCUAUCUGUUUCAGUGUGA